AUGAAUGCCAUUUACGCUGCACAAAGCAAGGUCAAGCAGGACCUUGGCCUAUCUAAGGUCAAAGUGAUCCACAACCAAAACUACAAGCGUCACGGCACCAAGUCGUAUGUCCACGCGUUGAACCGUUUCGGGUUUCAACCUACCAUACCGGGCCCCUAUUUCCACAUUGACAAAGUCCGCCAGCACGGCCUCCUCCCUGAAGAACUCAAGGGAGCCCUCGGGGGUACCGUUCAUACGCAACGAACCCUGGUCAAAAAAGGUAACCCCGAAGACGACGGCCAGACGACAGAAGUCACGGCAGAAGAUCGGCAGAACGACAGCAUGUAUAUCUGCGAGGUCAAGAUCGGCACACCUCCCCAGAAACUGCUGCUAGACUUCGACACCGGUUCUGCCGAUACAUGGGUCCGUUCGACUCUCCAGCACAAGUCCGACAUAUCCCAGCACAACGCCUUCGACCCCAAGAAGUCGAAAUCGUUCAAGACGCUCUCGGGAAAGAGCUGGAAGAUCCAGUACGGAGACGGAUCCACGGCCUCGGGGGACUGCGGCAGCGACACGCUCGCCGUGGGCGGUCUGACCAUCAAGAACCAGACGGUCGAGUGCGCGACAAAGCUGUCGAAGCAGUUCUCCGAGGGCACCAGCGACGGCCUGCUGGGGCUUGCCUGGGGCAAGAUCAACACGGUGACGGACUCGGGCCUGCCCGACCCGCAGGCGACGCCGGUCGAGAACAUGAUCGAGCAGGAGGACAUCCCGAAGGAGUCGGAGCUGUUCACGACGGCCUUCUACAGCUCGCGGGACGCGGACCCGGGCUCGUUCUACACGUUCGGGUUCGUCGACUCGGAGCUCGUCGAGAAGUCGGGGCACGACGUGCACUGGACCGAGGUGGACAACGCGGACGGGUUCUGGCGGGUCCCCUCGGAGUCGUACAGCGUCGGCGGGGAAGCCGUCGACCUGAGCGGGAACACGGCGAUCGCGGACACGGGGACCACGCUGGCGCUCGUGGCGGACGCCGUCGUCAAGAAGAUCUACGACCAGAUCCCCGGCGCGUCGUACGACUGGUUCAACCAGGGCUACGUGUUCCCCGUCGGCGUCAAGGCCGACGACAUGCCCGAGGUCAAGGUGGCCGUCGGCGGCAAGCAGUUCCUCAUCCAGAAGGAGGACCUGGCGUUCGCGCUCACGGACGACAAGAAGUACUGGUACGGGGGUAUCCAGAGCCGCGGCAUGAUGCCGUUCGAUAUCCUCGGCGAUACUUUUCUGAAGAGCGUUUACGCCAUCUGGGACCAAGGAAACAAGCGCUUCGGCUUAGUCCCCAAGAUCGAAGAAUCUCAGAACCUCGAGCCUCCACCCGACGACGACGACGACUCCGGAGGUGGAGAGAAGAAAUGGGUCCCCAGCAUCGAUCUCGUGUCGAAGGGCGAGGAAGAAGCUCAGCCGGAAGGCGAGUCCCAGUAGAACGCUUGAGAUGUCCUCGUCGUCGAGGAUAAGGUAAGGAAAGGAAAGGAAAAGAAAGGGGUAUGCCGGGAAAGGGGGUCGAGUCUCCGAACUAAGAUGGUACCUUAGGUAUGUAAACCGGUUUAAGAUGUAGAUUGGAGGUUAAGAAUUUUGAUCAUAGACCUGGUCCUGUAGAC